GCACACAAUUAGCUAAAAUAAAAAAGCAACCAUUCCUCAAUCAUACCACCCCAAAUAACAGAAAACAAGAAACACUUUCUUGACCAUGGAACCAAUUGCUUCUAUUAACAUGCAUUCUCAUCAUUGUCUAGAAUUAGAAAUACCCGCCAUGGAAAUUCACCAAGUUGUAUCGCCACCCCAUAGAAGCACAAUUCAAAAGCUCAAAACCAGACUUAAAGAAACUUUCUUUCCCGAUGACCCUUUGCGCCAAUUCAAAGGACAACCCUUUAACAAGAAAUGGAUUCUCGUUGCUCAGUACGUUUUCCCUAUUCUUCAAUGGGGCCCUAAUUAUAAUCUCAGCCUUCUCAAGUCUGAUAUUGUUGCUGGUCUUACCAUUGCCAGCUUAGCCAUUCCACAGGGUAUUAGUUAUGCUAAGCUUGCUAGUCUACCUCCCAUUGUGGGUCUAUAUUCAAGCUUUGUUCCUCCUCUUGUAUAUGCUGUUCUUGGAAGCUCAAGAGAUCUUGCAGUGGGCCCUGUUUCCAUUGCUUCCCUUAUAUUGGGAUCAAUGCUUAGACAAGAAGUAUCUCCUACUACUGAUCCUCUAUUGUUUCUUCAACUAGCUUUUUCUUCCACUUUUUUUGCUGGUCUAUUUCAAGCUUCUUUAGGAUUGUUAAGGCUGGGAUUUAUUAUUGAUUUUCUUUCAAGAGCUACUCUGAUUGGAUUCAUGGCUGGAGCUGCUAUUAUUGUGUCUCUGCAACAGCUAAAAAGCCUUCUUGGAAUCACUCAUUUUACACAGCAAAUGGGUCUGGUUCCUGUCUUGACCUCUGUUUUCCACAACACUCAUGAGUGGUCAUGGCAAACAAUACUAAUGGGGGUUUGCUUUCUUGUGUUCCUUUUAGUGGCAAGAUAUGUUAGCAUGAGAAGACCAAAACUAUUUUGGAUUUCAGCUGGAGCCCCUCUUGUUUCUGUGAUUUUAUCUACUCUCCUAGUUUUCGCAUUCAAGGCCCAGCGUCAUGGGAUUAGCACUAUUGGAAAAUUACAAGAGGGAUUGAACCCUUCAUCAUGGAACAUGUUACAGUUUCAAGGAAGCCACCUUGGACUAGUCAUAAGAACUGGCCUUGUUACUGGCAUCAUCUCCCUCACUGAAGGCAUAGCUGUAGGGAGAACUUUUGCUGCUUUAAAGAACUAUCAAGUGGAUGGUAACAAGGAAAUGAUGGCAAUUGGACUAAUGAACAUAAUUGGCUCAUCAACUUCCUGUUACGUCACAACAGGUGCAUUUUCGCGGUCUGCUGUGAAUCAUAAUGCGGGUGCCAAAACAGCAGUAUCUAACAUUAUAAUGUCAGUGACAGUGAUGGUGACUCUCCUCUUUCUGAUGCCUCUAUUCCAGUACACACCAAAUCUGGUAUUGGGUGCUAUAAUUGUAACAGCAGUAGUUGGCCUCAUAGAUAUUCCAGCUGCUUACUUGAUCUGGAAGAUUGACAAAUAUGAUUUCAUUGUUCUGUUAUGUGCAUUCUUUGGUGUUAUUUUCAUCUCUGUCCAAAUUGGCCUUGCAAUUGCAGUAGGAAUAUCUGUGUUCAAGAUCCUCCUGCAAGUUACAAGGCCAAAGACAGCGAUCCUGGGAAACAUAGCAGGGACAGAUAUCUACCGCAAUAUUCACCAUUACAAGGAAGCCAUAAUGGUUCCUGGUUUCAUCAUUUUAAGCAUUGAAGCCCCUAUCAAUUUUGCUAAUACAACUUACCUCAAAGAAAGGAUUCUGAGAUGGAUAGAAGAAUAUGAAGCACAAGAAGAUGCAAAGAAACAAGCAAGUAGUCAUUUCGUGAUUCUUGACUUGACAGCUGUGAGUGCUAUUGACACAACUGGAGUCUCACUCUUCAUGGAUUUAAAGAAAACAAUGGAAAAUAGAGGAAUUGAGCUAGUGCUAGUGAAUCCUGUUGGAGAGGUGAUAGAAAAGCUGCAAAGAGCUGAUGAUGCUCGCAAUAUCAUGAAGGCAGAGACCCUUUACUUGUCAGUUGGUGAAGCUGUCGCCGCACUUUCAUCUACAAUUAAGGGUCAAUCAUCAAGCCAAGUAUAACAAGAUUACUCAUUUCACAGAAGAAUAGAGAAAAAGAAAAAUCAAAAUGUAUCAAAUAGUCUAUAUCCAUUUAAAGUUUUGUAACUUCCAUUGUAACUUAAUUAGCUUAACAUAUGCCUUUCUCACUGCUCUUGUAAAAAGAUAAAAGAAGUCGAGUACCUUCUUCCAUCACAUGAAAGCUCAUCGAUGUGUUUCCAGCUCUGCAAUGAAAGUGGACUCCUGAAUAUUAAUUUCCAAUAAUAUUCUUAUGCA